GGACCGCGAUCGGAGCGGGCGAUCCCACUGUGACUUUUAUUUCCAAGUCCCGGAAUCCGGAGCCGGACUGAUCGUUAUCACGCAUGGAUUAUGGUUUUAUCGCUGCUUUUGAUUUGUUUUUGCUUUAAGGGAAACUUUAUCAGCACCUCUUUGCAGGUGUGCUGCUUUCCAGCAUCAGAGCCAUGACUUAUUACUUGAUAAGAUGGGCUGCUUUAUUUUGGAUUGUGAGCUCUGUUCCUCGUGGUUUUGGCAUGGUCGUGAGUGAACAAACAGAUGGUGUGUGUCCCACUUUAAGCGUAGAGGAUUACAGGUUUUCUGAUGUUUUAGAUCGCCCUUUACAGAUCACAGGAUUUGAUCUCACAGAAAAAUUUCUUCUCCGAAGGGGAACAGUUACAGAAGACCUGCCAUCAUUUCGACUGGGAACAUCCCCUCUUAUAAAGUCAACAAAAUUGAUAUUUCCAGACGGACUUUCAAGCGAGUAUUCCCUGGCCUCCAUCUUCCGUGUGAGACGAACUACAAAAAAAGACCGCUGGUACCUUUGGCAAAUAUUCGACCAAUCAGGAAGCAGCCAGGUGUCUGUGGUGGUUGAUGGUGAUAAGAAGGCAGUGGAGUUUUCUUCCCAGGGCGUGCUGAAAAACUCCCUGCGCUACACGUUUAAAAGUCGUGACCUGCAUGCCCUCUUUGAUCGCCAAUGGCACAAGCUCGGCAUUUCUGUUCAGAGCAACAGCGUUUCCAUUUAUGUGGACUGCAAGCUGGCUGAAAAGAAAAUGACUGAUGAGAGGGACAACAUCGAUCUCAACGGGCGCACACUCAUCAGUACGCGGGUGGAAGAUGGAAGGCCUGUGGAUAUUGAGUUGAGACAAAUUCUGAUCUACUGCGACCCUUACAUGGCAGAGAUGGAAAAUUGCUGUGAGCUGCUUGAGCCACAGUGUGGAGCCAAGAAGACCUUUAUUGGGACCUCCCCUCCCCCGGUUACAGCCCAGAGUCCCCUGAUGCUGUCUCAGCCGACCUCACAGUCAAUUGACAGAUGUCACUGUCCAGAUGAAAAGGACGAUGCUGGUCUUCCAGGCAUGCUUGGGCUGUUUCAACAACCUGGGGAGAAGGGAGACAAGGGGGAACUUGGAUCAGAAGGGCAAGAGGCAAUCGAUGGAGAGAAGGGACGGAGAGGAAAGCCCGGGGAGCCUGGACCGAGAGGCCCACUUGGGGAGAAGGGGGAGUCUGGCGUCCCUGGGGAAAAGGGAGAGAGAGGAGAUCCCGGUCAGCCAGGUGCAGAGGGGACCGGCGGCGCGAAAGGACAAAAAGGUGAUGUUGGCCCCCCUGGUCCUCCUGGUCCUGCUGCUUCUGUGAUGACAGCUCAUGGGCUAAGACAGCUCUCGGGAACUGAUGAAAGAGCCCAGAAGGGUGAAAAGGGAGACGAGGGCGAGAAAGGAGCUCAAGGACCACCAGGCUUUAAGGGAAGCAUAGGACCACCGGGACUGAAGGGAGAUCAAGGACCGGAGGGAAAACCAGGUCUACCUGGAUCCAUUGGGCUCCCUGGACUCCCGGGCGAUUCUGGCUUACCAGGGGAGCCAGGGGUGCCUGGGAGAGAUGGUCUGAAAGGAGAAAAGGGAGACUCUGGUGGAGUGAUUGGGCCACAGGGGCCUCCAGGUCCUAAGGGAGAGCCUGGAGAACCCGGUGGUGGAUACAUGAGCGACGGGCUGUCUCUGAGCAGAGGGUCUCGCGGGCCUAAGGGUGAAAGAGGUGUGCCCGGAAUGCCUGGAGACCACGGAGAGAAGGGAGAACCUGGGGAGAGUAUUAUUGGCCCAGUGGGACCCCCAGGGAAGCCCGGAGCUGAGGGUCCUCGUGGGCCUCCCGGUUUAUCUGGCCCUCCCGGAGCUCCAGGAAGGGAGGGCUCCCCUGGUAGACCAGGUCUUCCGGGCCCUGCUGGACCCCCAGGUGAACCAACUGCCCUGCCUAUUGUUGGAGACAUGGGUGCUUUACUUAAGAACGCCUGCGGUCUUUGCCAGACGAGAGUUCCCGGGCUGCCGGGGCAGAAGGGAGAGAAGGGGUCCCCCGGAGCGCAAGGAGUGGAAGGCUUGGUGGGAGAAAAGGGGGAUCCAGGUGUAAGAGGUCCGAUGGGUAAUCCAGGAAAGGAAGGCCCAAAGGGUGUAAAGGGAGAGAGAGGGUUCCCAGGUCCCACUGGAGAUAAAGGUGACGAGGGGCCAACUGGAGCUCCAGGACUUCCUGGUGUUGCUGGUCGAACAGGAGCCCCGGGACUCGUAGGUAGACCUGGUCCAACGGGCGCACAAGGAUCAAAAGGAGAAAAAGGAAACGAAGGACCUCCAGGCAGACAAGGACUUCCAGGACCUCCAGGUGUGCCGUAUUUGGAGGGAAACGGGAUGAGCAGCCUGUACAAGCUGCAGAGUGGCGGAGCUAUUCUAGGACCUCCUGGAGCGCCUGGUGCUCCGGGCCCAAAAGGAGACGAAGGAGCUGUCGGGGAACCAGGACCCAUGGGUUUACCCGGGCUCGAAGGGCUUCCCGGCGCCAAGGGUGAUAUCGGCCUGCCUGGCCCACCUGGGACACCAGGUCCGCCAGGGAAGCCCGGCACUCGCGGAGAGCCAGGGAUCCCAGGAGAGCCGGGCGAGAGGGGGCCGAUCGGGGAGACCGGAUUCCCCGGACCCGAGGGACCUCAAGGUGUUCCUGGGAGGCCUGGAAAAGAUGGGACUCCCGGAUACAAGGGCUCCACGGGUACACCAGGUGACAGAGGAUCCAAAGGAGAACGCGGUGAUCCAGGCAUUCCCGGAGAAAGAGGUGUCCAAGGCGAGCGGGGUCGCAUAGGAGAUCCUGGCGUGGUGGGACCGAUGGGACCACCGGGUGAAAAAGGAGAUCCUGGCCCCCCUGGACAACUAGGGAUUGUAAAACUCCUGGAUGAUCCCAGCUUUACAGAGGAACUCAAAAUCUUUAUCCAAAGUGAAGUAAUGAGGAUUUUUGAAGAGAAAGUAUCUGGCGCUGCCAUGCCACAGAAGACACCUGCCGGCAUUUUAGCUUCACCUUUCCAAGGCCCUCCAGGACCCCCGGGCAAGGAUGGGUCACCAGGUCCACCAGGAGAGCCUGGGCCCCCUGGCCCGCAAGGAUACAGGGGUCAGAAAGGAGAACGAGGACAGCUUGGCCUGGGGUUACCAGGAGAUCCAGGACCCACUGGGCCACCAGGCCCACCUGGGAUCCCCUCACGAGGCCACCCUGGCUCUCCAGGGCCCCGCGGACUGCCUGGGACAUGUGACCCGAGUGACUGCAUUCUUCCUGCCUUGUAAGCAGAGAGCGGCGUGCCAUGUGGUACGGUCCACUGAAGCCACAGAGCGAAAAAAUGAUGCCCCUCGCUGUGUCUGACUGCCUCUUCAGCUCUGCUUUAUUGACCGGACUCAAAACUGACCUCUUUUGUUCACUUCACGAUGACAUUUGGGUGCGACGGGGUUUUGUUCUUUUGUUUUCUGGGAUUGCUGUUCUGUUUUGUUUUGAAUGCAGCUGACAACCUUUUUGCAGUGCUACACUUUGUAUUUUUGAAGUAUAUUUUUCUUGUCUUUCCAACUCCUACUGUGAUGCAAUGCAUUCCUUAUCGACUCAACUCGUCUUUCAAGACAUGGAGAUAACUUUGUUUCGUCAGGUUUAGCCCUGUUUGAAUAACUUUAAUAAUUAUGUGUUUGCCUCUUUAACGGGCUUGUUGAUGCACUCUUCCUUUCUUAUUCAGAUAAGCUGGCUGUAGGUACAUCUCAUGUUUAGCUGUGUGUGUGUGAGAGAAAGAGAUGAACUCAGUGAUUGUACCUAUUUUUCAUGCAAGUCUAAGUAAAAUGACUUAUGAACCUUCCUCUAUAACCAAAGUGCAGCCGGUGCGUCUGAUGGGGAAAUUAUUUAUUUUAAGUGUGCUCCUAAAGAAUGUACUCAAAAGAUGGUUCUAGUCGGCUUUGAAUGUAGCAUGGAGAACCUGUAAUUUUUAUUUAGUAAUUCAAUUUUAAGGACAUUAGGUCAUACAUGUUGAGUUGCUGAGAAGUUUUGAUGUUUCCGUUUCCUUCAAUUGACGACGUGAGACGUUUGUUUUGUUUGAAAUCCUCUUUGUUUGUUGUUGUUGUUUUUUAAGAAUCUGUGGUAAAACUAUAGCUGAAAACGUCUUCCUGUUUUUUGCUAGUCCCGCGUCAGUGGUGAGCACUUAUUAGAUUGCAGAAGCGUUUUUUUGUAAACCCUAAAACAACCUGUCUGGCACUGAUUUUAAUAUGGGGAAGGAUAUUUUCUUUUAAAUUGUGUUCAUUAAAAACUUUUGUUUCCUUUACCUGAGAAAGGAAGAUGUCAUUUCUCCAUGGUUUGGUUGAAAAAUAGAGGAAUCCUUACAGUGGUUAAGGCUAGCAGCAGUUAGGCCCUUCAUACACAAACACUGAUAUUGUCCAAAACCGUUGCUUUUUUUUCUCCACUUGCUCCACCCAUCCGCAUGCAAAUAGAUGUUUGGGUGAAAAUAGAUAAGAGUUUUCAAAGGGUAAAAGCUCUCCAUUUUGACUAGUUGAACAGUGAUUAUUCAAAACCGUAACAUAGAGACCCACUUUGCUCAUUCCCACUCUGCUAAAGACCACAGCAGCGUUAUAAAAAAUAUUUUUCAUGAUGUCACACAGCUGAAAUGAAAAAUGGUUGUAUUCAUGGGAUACAACGCUAAAUUUACACUUUCACAAGGAACAAUGUUAAGUUUGUCACUGUUUUCUUAGCGAAAAAACUUCACUAUUGCUACACUAACAUCACAUCGGCGAAGGUUGCCGACCUACAGCUAAUCAACAUAUUUUUAGGGUGACAAGCUCAACAAUGUUAUGUGGCUGAGUCUGCUCAGUUAAGGAUGAUUUGUUUGCAGAAACCAGAUAAAACGUGUCUUCUGUCUGACUAGCAACAAGCCUUCAUCCACUCUGAGCUUUCCAUCCCUUUUCCACAAACACUGUGAGAUGACAUCUUUCAUCGAUCCUUUUAAGGGCAUAUUCUUCCUCAAGGAGAGAAUGUACUUUAAAAUAUUGCCUGUUUGCGAUGAAUGUAAUGAAACUGCUCAUUUAUUUUUAAUUUUUUGUCUGUAAAUAAUUUUUUUUCCCACUCUAAUUGGGCUUUAAAAGGGACCUGACAGUAUAACUUUACAAGCUGUCUGUCACCAUAACGACACUUCAAGGUUAUCACUUGUCAAUCAUAUACACCGCUGCAAAUGUAAAGGAAUGUGUUGCAUUAUUACUAAUGUGUGCUGUUUACACAGUGUCAUGAAUGAUGAUUCCUCUGAUUUGUGUGCAUAUCUUUAAACUUCAUCACCACAACAGAGAUCGGACUACCACGGCUAACAUAUUUUUUCUUUCUUCUUUUCUUUUUUUUUGUCAGUUCGGAUGAAAUGUUUUACUCAUGAAUGUACUUGAACUGUCUUUGCUGCUUCUUACUCUACAUCCAGGUUUUCCAGUUACUAACCAGCACAGUGUGUCCCUAUGAAGCUUCUGUGCCUGCUUUGAGACUGCUGCUUUGCUUUAUUUAUUAAUUUUAAGUAUUUUUUUUCUGAAUCAGUUUAACACUUUCACCCGAUGUUUAUUUUUAUUUUAUGAUUUUGAGUUGAUUAUAACUAAACAGGCCACACUCAUUUCCUGAAACUCCUCUCUUCAUCUGCAAACACGUUCUUCCUCUGAACCCUUUAUUUUAAUUUAUAGCCCAUUUUUAAAGAUCUAAGUUGCUAACUUUAUUCUUCCACUAUAUAUAUAUAUAUAUAUAUAUAUAUAUAUAUAUAUAUAUAUAUAUAUAUAUAUACAUUUUGUUCGUAAAAACCCUGUCCAAAUGUUACAUAGUAAACAAUAGUAACUGGACCGUAUUGAAUGUGUAUGAUUAAUAUUAUGCUUUCAUUUUCACGUAUGUUUAAUUAAGGGUUUGACCUAAAAGCUUUAAUUUCUGUUGUUGUUGUUUGGCUUUGAUAAAUGUUUAAAAAUCUUUGUACUGUGUUUCAUCCUGUUUGACAUAUUUUGAUCCCUUUGCUCUCCUUUGUUUUGUUUUGUUUUUUUCCUAUCUUCAAAACAUAGGCAUUUCUUAUACAAUCACACAUUACUCAGAUGCUGCAGAACAAUUAUUUUUUCAUGAUGCCUGGUUGGUUUUAUCAGUGCUAGAGAAUCUAAUUUUAGACAGAAAUGCAUGUCGCUCACUUUAUUUGUGAGCAGAAGGUGCCCCCUGCUGGGCAUGUUUGGAUUUCCAGACAGCUUUUAAUCUAUAAAGGAAAACUAUCUUUGCUUUAGUGGGCACUUGAACUCCUCUCUCUUCUACCGAUUCUUGUCCUUUAAUCUGUGUAAUUUUCAUAUCAGUUUAUGGGGUCCCACCAGAGACAAUUAUGCUGAUCUUGAUGAGAUUCAAAUGAGACACCACCAGCAGAUUAAUGUCAUCUGAACUUUUUUUUCCCCCCCUGUGUACUGCUGAGAGCAACUCCCACUGCCUAUUGAAUUUAGCAUGAAUUGUUAUUAAUAUGCACCAAUUUGCUUCUUCCAUUUACCCAAACAGUGUGAUAAGAAGGAAGGACGUUAAUGUCACAGCUCACUUCGCUACAAAUUCAAGCUAUUAUCCAUCAAACCAAGUUAAGCUCAAUUUAUUGUAAGUGGGAAAACGUCUGAGCAAGGCAAAAUCAAAGAGGCUGCUUCCUUUGAGAGUAAAGCUAAACAAAAGCUUGUUAAAUAAUGUAAAAUCCUCUAAAGACAACGUCCACAUGUUUCAUUAUUGCUUGUGUUUUCACGGUAAUGUAAGGUGAUCCGGUUGCCACGUGCAAUCUAAUCUCGUGAGCAAGCUUGUAAUGAGGGGAAAUAUGGAUCAGCCUCGCAGCAAGGACCCUCAGGAUUAAAAGCGCCUGCCUGCUGCUUUCACAGAAACAUCUCUGUGCUCCUGCAUAAGCUCGUGUCAUGCUGGGUGACUUUAACGGUUGUUGGAUUUUUUUUAUUUAUUUUUUUGGGGGGGGGGGGGAUGGGGGAGUUUUUAUUUGGUUGGAUAACUACCUCAUUCUUGGUUUACCGCAUAUCUACAUGAUCAGGAAUACAAACAGUUGAAUUAUUGCCUUGGAAAAGUGGGAAAACCUCAUGUGUUUUAUGCAAGAAACAUGUAGCGCAGUCAUGUUGGUGUCAUUGUUAAGUUCACUGGUGAGUUAUUGUGGUUGCCUGGUGUCGGAGGUUGUAUUACUCUUUACUUUGCAGAAUCUUUGAUUUACAUCUAUAAAUGCCAUCUGCCUUUCUGUGUGCAAUAAAUGUUCUCAAGUGCUUUA